CCCCUAUGAACGAUAGUCCAUACGAUAUAGCUGCAUCAUUGCGGGGGAGGGGGGGACAAUGGCGAUUACAGACUUCAGCUGUGUCUAUUAUGAGGAUGGCGACCCACUUGGAAAGCUGCUCGCCUACUCUGCGCUCCUGCCAUAUGUCCUCAUAGUGCAUCACGCAUCACGCUUCUAUUCGCGCAGGGAGGUUCAUGAAGGCGUGAUCUUGUCUGGGCUGGUCUUAAACGAAGCUGUCGCGCGAGGGCUUAAGCAUGCCCUGCGGCAUCAGCGGCCAGCAGCAACCUGCGCACGGCUAAACCUAUGCAACUCUUACGGCAUGCCGAGUUCGCACACGCAAUGCAUCGCAUUUGGGUUGGUGCUUCACACCUUCCUCUGCUUACGUCUCUUCCGCGGCAAGAGCGCGGGCACUCGUUUGACCGAGGCCUGCGAGGUGUUGCUGCUUGCUGUUGGCACCGUCCUGACGGCAGCUUCCAGAGUGUACCUGGGCUAUCACACGCUGGAGCAGGUGGCUGCGGGUGGGCUGCUGGGGGCGGUGCUAGGGGCCCUAUGUUUCUGGGCGCUAGGGUGGCGGUGCUGGGAGGGGCUGGCGGGCUGCUGGCUGGGUCGGCUGCUGCACCUGAGGGGCAGCUGGGGCCUGGCUGAUCCGCUGGCGGAGGAGGCGGAGUGGUACCGAGCGCGUGUGGUUGGCGUGCGGGGAGGAAAGGAGAAGGCGCAGUGAGGGGGAGGUGAACGUAUACCGGUAGCGCUUGUAACUGUGAAGCGCUUUUCUCAGCACGGCAGCAAAAGGUGUGCGGCGCGGGUAAGGCUUUCCUUGCCCGGCUACGGCGGCAGGCCAUGUGUGAGCGGGUUCAGGCUCAAGGAAACUGCUGCUGCUGCGAGAGGUUAGCUGGGAGUUGAGAAGAUGCAGGAUGUUGUGAGAAGUGCUAUACCGGUGAAUGCUGCCUAGCAAUACGGCAAAGAGCAGGGGUGCUCGUGGACACUGCGUGAGUGCAAGCGACAAUGCCAGCGACAAUAAUUUAAGUGGCCCAAGUAAGGUCUGGUAAUUAGUACCGGCAAAUGGGAAGACGGUUUACAGUAAGGCAUGUGCACCGCUUGUUGCUCCACGGCUAGGGCUACAGGCAGAAUGAGACCCCUCGGCGCAGUCCGCAGUAACUCCCACUCGCAAGCGGUACUUUUAGGUAUAG